CUGAGUUAUUGUCCAGCCCGAUGGCGACGCCUCCUUCAGAGAAGCCAGCAUUUGUAAUGCCCCAAUUGAAGAAUUGCGACCAUCCAAUCCUUUCAGCACCGAUUACCACCUGGGGCAACGUCAUCUCUGUCAUCGUUGGCGAAGAAAAGAAGGUCUACCAGAUACACAAAGGCCUCCUACUCUACCACUCGUCCUACUUCGUCGGAGCCCUCAGCGGAGGUUUCAAAGAAAGCGACACCGAAAUCGUCGAACUCUUUACAGACGAAGUGGCGGUUUUCGAUGCUGUCUACUGCUGGCUCUACAAAGGGCACUUAUUCGAUUCGCCGACCUCCGGACAAUUUAUGGAUAUUACAUUCCUAUAUGACCUCCUCUGCAAGAUCUUCGUCUUCGGAGAUAUGAGAGGCAUUCCCACCCUUAAAAACGCAGCAAUCGACCUGCUGCACUCGUCGAUAUGUAUGGAGUGGAAAUUCCCCAAAACUCAAGUACGCUUCAUCUAUGAGAACACGAUGGAAGGGUCCCUCUUGAGGAAGUUCAUUGUGAAUGUGGCAGUCUUGAUUGCUUCUUGCGAGACCUUCCUCUCGAUUGAUAAAGAUGGCACCAAUUUUACGCAUGAGUUCCUUAUGGACGUUAUCAGGGCGCUGAAUGACCAGGGUGGAAAAUGGCUUGUGAUUGGGCGGGAUGCCUUUGCGAUUAUCAAUAGGUGCCGGUAUCAUGAUCAUUCUGGUCCUGGAGGGAAGCUGAGGAUGGACUCAGGUUGAAAUUGAUGUGAACUCUGUUGUAUUGUAGAUGCCGUAAAGGCGGACUAUAUAGAGGAACGAGAUG